AUGCAGUGUUCUCUCAAUAAUCUUUCAAUAAGUAGAAUUUGUGCUGGAAGCUGUGCUCACGCAGCAUUUGUCGCUGAAUCUUCGGCGUCAAAGUCGCAAAAGCACCUGGUUGCUAAAGAUUUAUAUACUUCGAGCCUCUUCGAGCAGCAGAAUGACUUAGACACUAGCAUGCUGUCUGAAAUCAAUUUGUUAGUUGCAACAGCUGGUCUGACCAGCCAAAGAUGUUUUUCCAGAGAGCAUGGUGUGUACAUGGAUCAUCUUCGUUGUCUGCGUGGUCCUACCGCUGACGGUGUUUUUGGAAACUCAACGGUCUGCGGAUUUGCUUUAUUUGUGGUGUGA